AUGCAAGACCAUCAUUAUGCGCCUAAUUCGUGUAAAACCUGCCGGCAGAGGCGGGUCAAGUGUGACAGGGCCCUCCCCAGCUGUCACCGCUGUGCAUCCUCACUGCUACCGUGCUCAGGGUAUGAGCGAAAGAAAAAGAUUGUUUGGACCAACAGCAUGGCCAGUAGAGGAAAGAUGAUGGGCAAGGCCACGUUCGACACGAUCAAGGACAAUGCUCAUGACCAUGGAAAUAUAGUUGUCACUGAGCUUUGCACAAAUUUCCCAAGUACUAAAUCGUGCUUAGUAGACCCGGGUCUACAGGAGAUACCCAGAAGCUGUCGGGAGUACAUACGCUACUGUGAGUCACCUCUGGGAGCCUUUUCGUACAUUCAUCAAGAGCUCUCCAAAGAGUGCGUCGUUUACAACAACUCAUCCUUCAACCCCUUCCUUUCUCUCAUGCCUUUAAUGUCAUUCAGCCAGGCUUUAUCCCAUAUAAUGAUUUCCAUCUCAGCCUUCCACAUCGCGCACCGACUUGCCAUCAGUCAAGCUCAGCUACAAUCAGAUCAUGGUGCGGUGUUACGUAUAGCUUUGAUGAACAAACAGAAAGCAUUGAAAUGCUUAAAACUCGAAUUACACAUCCAUCCUGAGAUGAAUAGUGAUGCAGUCAUCGCUGCUGUGUUGCUAUUCGUCAAUCUCGAUGUUGUAGAAUUCGGCGGUCGAGGUUGGAAGUACCACCUACGGGGGGCGGAAGAACUUAUCAGAAUUCGGAAAGGGCUUGUGAAAAGUGAUUCAGAGAAAUGGCUGCAGUACUUUGAUACUGCUUGUACAACGUUCGGGAUAUUAGGCAGUACCCUGAUUCCAUCCCAUUCACUCGGUGGAGCACCAAUACCUUUGGAUUCUGCAUUCCUUGAUACGCUUCGACGGUCUGAGCAUUUGGCAUGGAUCGGCUGUCCAGCGCACCUCCUCUCGUUGCUACAUGUUAUGAACACGCUACGUGAUGUACCAGAUCAUACCAACAUCUCGGGUGAAACCGUCAGUUCAAUUCUUGAUGGACUGGGUAGCUUCUCGCCGUCAUUUUGGGCAAAGGACUUCCCAGAUCCUCGCCAUCACGAGUCAAGAUAUCACCUAGCCUACGCAUACAAAGCCGCAGUCAGCGUCUACGCCUCUCACAUUAUUGAAGAAACAUCUAGUCGACCAUCACUGCGCCCGCCAGAAGCUUUGCGAUUAACAGAGCUUGGUAUAACGCAUAUGUCGCAGAUACCAGCAAGCGACUUCCAUAUCAAAAGUCUGGUAUGGCCCGCUUUCGUCCUGGGCGCCGAGGUUCAAGACUUGGGUGCAAGGGAGAAGGUAAAGGACAUUAUGCACAAUAUCUGGGUAUCUUCAUGCUGCUAUAAUGUUAGGACCGCUGUAGGGAUGCUUGGCCGAAUUUGGGAACGGGGACAAGAUAGUGACAAGUGUAAACGCAGUUGGUUGAGAUUUAUCUGGGAGCAAGACGAAAGCUGGUUAUUUCUUUGA